AUGAAUCGUCGUUAUUGUUUAGAUGAUUGGCCAAUAACACAAUUUCACGGGCCACCAGGGCCAAAAGGUGAACCAGCGGCUUGUACUUGUAAUGUGACCGAUUUAAUGUCAACUUUUAUAAUGCCAAAAACGAUCAUCGGUGAAAAAGGUGAACCUGGGAUUCCUGGAACAGAAGGAAAACAAGGACAAAUGGGCCUGACGCGCUACCAGGUUGUUAUAACGGUAUCCUGGAAACCGGAAAGAACAUGA